GUUGGAUAAGAGAUUUGUCACUUUCUGCGCUUCAACUAUAGGCAGGGGCGUUCGCGUUGAAUGCUCAAGAGGUAUAUAAAUUUGUAGAAUAAACAAAAAAUAACUUAUCAGACGCAACAGAAUCCUCAGGAUCAAGAUAUGAGAUUUUUACCGUCCUAGGAUUCUAGCGUCUUUGCUGAUUUAUUGGUAAACAGUGCGAUAUUAUUUGCCGGUGGAGUUGGUGGCGUCAGAAAGGAAACUUUUAAUGGGGUCCUUGAAGAACGAAGGACUAGCAGUGGAACAGAUUGAAGAGGAGGCAGCGAAGGAGGCAAUCUUGUACGUUAAUGGAGUUCGAAGAGUGUUGCCUGAUGGGUUGGCUCACUUGACUCUUCUCGAGUAUCUUAGAGAUAUUGGUUUGGUGGGGACAAAACUAGGCUGUGGCGAAGGUGGUUGUGGUGCUUGCACUGUUAUGGUUUCUCAUUAUGACAAAAGCUUGAAGAAAUGUGUGCAUUAUGCUGUCAAUGCAUGCUUGGCUCCUGUCUAUUCUGUAGAAGGGAUGCAUGUAAUUACAGUGGAGGGAGUUGGGAACCACAAAAAUGGUUUGCAUCCACUUCAAGAAUCAUUGGCACGCUCUCAUGGCUCCCAGUGUGGAUUCUGUACUCCUGGGUUUAUCAUGUCAAUGUAUGCACUAUUAAGGUCAAGCCAAACACCGCCCACAGAAGAGCAAAUUGAAGAAUGCCUUGCUGGAAAUUUGUGCCGUUGCACUGGUUACAGGCCAAUUGUUGAUGCAUUUCGGGUUUUCGCAAAAAGUAAUGAUGCGUUAUACACUGGUAAUUCUACAUUAAACAAUCAAGGAGGUGAAUUUGUGUGCCUCUCAACCGGUAAACCAUGUUCAUGUAAAUCUCAAACUGUAAUUGGUCCCGGCAACCACAAACAAAGUAUAGGUUGUGGUGAUGGUUUUGAACCCAUCUCUUAUAGUGAGGUAAAUGGGAGUACAUAUACAGACAAAGAGCUUAUUUUCCCCCCUGAGUUGUUUUUGAGGAAAUUAAACCCCUUAAGGUUAAGUGGAUUUGGAGGGCUUAAGUGGUAUCGACCAUUGCACCUCCAACAUUUGCUCGAGUUAAAAGCUAAAUACCCCGAAGCAAAAUUAUUGAUAGGCAAUACUGAGGUUGGAAUAGAGAUGAGGUUGAAGAGAAUCCAGUAUCAGGUUUUGAUAUCCGUUGCACAUGUGCCUGAACUCAAUGUCUUGAAUGUCAAGGAUGACGGCUUAGAGAUUGGUGCUGCAGUAAGACUGACUGAAUUCGUGCAAAUGCUCAGAAAGGUUGUAAAUGAACGGGCUGCUCAUGAAACAUCUUCAUGUGAGGCCUUUAUUGAACAACUAAAAUGGUUUGCUGGGACACAGAUAAAAAAUGUUGCUUCUGUUGGGGGAAAUAUAUGUACAGCUAGUCCAAUAUCAGACUUAAACCCUCUCUGGAUGGCUGCAAGAGCAAAGUUUCAUAUCAUUGAUUGCAGAGGCAACGUUAGAACAACUCUGGCAGAAAAUUUCUUCCUAGGUUAUCGGAAGGUGGAUCUUGCUAGUGAUGAAGUUUUACUCUCAAUAUUCUUACCAUGGACUAGGCCUUUUGAGUAUGUGAAAGAAUUUAAGCUGGCCCAUAGGAGGGAUGAUGAUAUUGCAAUUGUGAAUGCUGGAAUGUGUGUCUUUCUUGAGGAAAAAGGUGAACAGUGGGUGGUUUCAGAUGCAUCAAUUGUUUAUGGUGGUGUAGCUCCUCUCUCAUUGUCUGCAAUAAAAUCCAAAGAAUUUCUCAUUGGGAAGAAUUGGAAUCAGGAACUUUUGAAGGGUGCUUUGAAAGUGCUAGAAACUGAUGUCUUGCUAAAGGAAGAUGCUCCUGGUGGGAUGGUUGAGUUUCGGAAAUCUUUGACUCUUAGUUUCUUCUUCAAAUUUUUCCUGUGGGUUUCAAAUCAGAUGGAUGGGAAGAAAUCUAUCGGAAGUAUACCAUUAUCCCAUUUGUCUGCUGUACGACCAUUCUGUCGGCCAUCAGUUGUGGGAAGUCAGGACUAUGAAAUUAGAAAACACGGGACAGCUGUUGGUUCUCCUGAGGUUCAUCUCUCAUCAAGACUUCAGGUUACAGGGGAGGCAGAAUAUGCUGAUGAUGCCCCAAUGACUUCUAAUGGUCUGCAUGCUGCUUUAGUAUUGAGCAAAAAACCUCAUGCUCGAAUUGUUAAGAUAGAUGAUUUGGAAGCCAAGUCUUCACCUGGAUUUGCAGGCAUAUUUUUAGCCAAAGAUGUUCCAGGCGAUAAUCACAUUGGCCCAGUGAUUGAUGAUGAGGAGCUGUUUGCUUCAGAAUUUGUCACUUGUGUAGGCCAGGUUAUAGGAGUGGUUGUUGCAGAUACACAUGAAAAUGCAAAAAUAGCAGCAAGAAAAGUUUGUGUGGAGUAUGAAGAACUUCCAGCAAUAUUAUCUAUAAAGGAAGCCAUCGAUGCUGACAGUUACCAUCCUAACUCGGAGAAGUAUUUGAAAAAGGGUGAUGUCGAACACUGUUUUCAAUCUGGUCAAUGUGACAAAAUCAUAGAGGGGGAAGUUCAAGUGGGAGGUCAGGAACACUUUUACUUGGAGCCACAGGGUAGUUUGGUUUGGACAAUGGAUAGCGGUAAUGAAGUUCAUAUGAUUUCAUCUACCCAAGCACCUCAGAAGCACCAGAAGUAUGUGGCUCAUGUUCUUGGCCUUCCAAUGUCAAAAGUUGUUUGUAAAACCAAAAGAAUUGGUGGUGGAUUUGGUGGAAAGGAGACAAGAUCAGCUUUUCUUGCUGCUGCGGCUUCUGUCCCAUCAUAUCUAUUGAAUCGGCCAGUGAAAAUCAUUUUAGACAGAGAUAUAGACAUGAUGAUUACUGGGCAGCGCCAUAGCUUUCUUGGAAAGUACAAGGUUGGAUUUACAAAUGAGGGAAAAGUCCUUGCCGUGGAUCUUAAAAUCUACAAUAAUGCUGGGAAUUCUCUGGACCUAUCUCUAGCUGUUCUUGAACGUGCCAUGUUUCAUUCUGACAAUGUCUAUGAGAUACCAAAUAUCAGAAUACUGGGAAGGGUCUGCUUUACCAAUUUUCCUAGUCACACUGCCUUCCGAGGAUUUGGGGGCCCUCAAGGGAUGCUUAUAACUGAGAAUUGGAUUCAAAGAAUUGCUGUAGAACUUAACAAAAGCCCAGAAGAGAUAAGGGAAAUCAAUUUCCAAGGUGAUGGAUCUGUAAUGCAUUAUGGACAACAACUUCAAUACUGUACACUGACCCAGCUCUGGAAUGAACUGAAGUUAUCUUGCAACCUUUUAAAGGCUCGUGAAGACACUAACCAAUUUAAUCUUCAUAAUCGCUGGAAGAAGCGUGGUGUUGCUAUGGUUCCAACGAAAUUUGGCAUAUCAUUUACAACAAAGCUGAUGAACCAGGCAGGUGCUCUGGUUCAUGUUUAUACAGAUGGAACUGUUUUAGUUACACAUGGAGGAGUUGAGAUGGGGCAAGGUUUACACACAAAAGUAGCUCAAGUUGCUGCUUCUGCCUUUAAUAUCCCUCUCAGUUCUGUGUUCAUAUCAGAGACAAGCACUGACAAGGACCGUUGUACGGGGAAGAUGAUUGGAGUAGGAUGUACAACACUUGCUCCUCACCUAUUCCGGUCUCGCCUUCAACAGACGAUGCUACUCCUCCCAUUGCCAUCCGAAAGGGUAUUCGUUCGUCUCGAAAUCCUCAUCCUAUUUAUAAUUUUGUGAGUUAUCAUCGUUUGUCUUCUUCCUGCUAUGCUUUUGUCACCACUUUGUCUAAUGUAUCUGUACCUAAGACUGUUAAAGAAGCUUUGAAACAUCGAGGAUGGUGUAAUGCAAUGGUUGAAGAGAUGACUGCUCUCUAUAACUAUGGCACUUGGGAUUUGGUGCCACUACCGAAGGGCAAAUCUACUGUUGGUUGUCGAUGGGUUUAUAGAGUCAAGGUGAGGCCUGAUGGCCAGAUUGAUAGACUUAAAGCUCGCCUUGUUGCAAAGGGCUAUACUCAGAUCUUUUGCCUCGAUUACAGUGAUAUCUUCUCUCCUGUGAUUAAGAUUGUCUCGGUUCGCCUUCUUAUUUCCUUAGCUGCCAUCCAUCACUGGCCACUUCAUCAACUGGAUAUCAAAAAUGCCUUUUUAUAUGGCAAGCUAGCUGAGGAAGUUUAUAUGGAGCAAUCACCAGGAUUUGUUGCUCAGGGGGGGUCUGGUUUGGUAUGUCGCCUACGGCGUUCUUUAUAUGGCUUGAAACAAUCUCCAAGAACAUGAUUUGGACGGUUCAAUACUGUAGUCCAACAAUUUGGAAUGUCUCAGAGUGAAGUUGACCAUUCAGUAUUUUUCCACCAUAAUGGCCAUGAUAAGUGCAUUUAUCUCGUUUUUUUAUGUUGAUGACAUUGUUAUUACAGGAAAUGAUCAUGUUGGGAUCUCAAAACUCAAACAACACUUGUCCAGUCAUUUUCAGACUAAGAAUCUUGGGAAGCUAAAGUAUUUCUUGGGGAUUGAAGUGGCACAAUCCAAGACAGGUAUCGCCAUUUCUCAAAGGAAAUAUGCUUUGGAUAUACUGACAGAGACGGGCAUGUUAGACUGUAGACACGCAGAUACUCCUAUGGAUCCAAAUGUCAAACUUGUUCCUAGACAGGGGGAGCCAUUGGAGGAUCCUGUUAGAUACCGAAGAUUGGUUGGAAAACUCAAUUAUCUUACAAUCACACGCCCAAACAUCUCAUUUGCUGUAAGUGUAGUCAGUCAGUUCCUUCAAGCAUCAUGUAAUAGUCAUUGGGAUGCAGUUAUUCGGAUACUUAGAUAUAUUAAAAGAGCUCCAGGACAAGUCCUAUUAUAUGAAGACAGGGGUCAUUCACAGAUUAUUGGUUACUCAGAUGCAGAUUGGGCAGGUUCUCCUUCAGACAGAUGGUCUACUUCAGGAUAUUGCAUUAUGAUUGGAGGUAAUUUGAUUUCUUGGAAAAGUAAGAAGCAAGAUGUGGUUGCUAGGUCAAGUGCAGAAGCAGAAUAUUGAGCUAUGGCUUUGGCAACUUGUGAACUUAUAUGGCUGAAAUAACUUCUUCAAGAGUUGAAGUAUGGGGAACUUGAACAAAUGCAGCUAAUCUGUGACAAUCAAGCUGCACUUCACAUUGUCUCUAAUCCAGUGUUUUACGAGAGAACGAAACAUAUAGAGCUAGAUUGUCAUUUCAUCAGACAAAAGAUUGAAUUUGGGUGUAUUGCCAUUAACUUUGUUAGCUCAAAUGACCAAUUAGCAGACAUCCUGACAAAAUCUCUCAGAGGCUCUCGGAUUGAAUAUAUUUGUAACAAGCUUAGAGCAUAUGAUUUGUACGCUCCAGCUUGAGGGGAAGUGUUAAGAUAUGUACCAUAAAUAGCUAGGACAUGUGUAUCUGUAGUGAUUGUGUGAAUAUAUUUAGGUGCUAGAAUCAUGACUAUAAUUACGUAUUUAAUUAGGAUUGUAUUUCCUAUUUAGUUGUCCUGUACAUAUUAUAAAUUGACACCAUUGACUUGAAGGAAUAAUCAAGCUUUUCAAUUAUUCUCAAUA